GUGAACACGGUGUCGAUAGGUGAAGGGACACCCCACACCUGGGUGAUAUCUCUGGCCGGACCUGGGCUCCUGUUUCUGUCGAGGAACCAGAAGUAGUGUCCUGUUUGGAAAAAAACCCAACAACAAACAAACGGGCGCCGCACGCGGGAGGACAACAUGACGCCAGGGAUGGAAAAAUGAGGUUUAAACACUGCCGGAGAAAUCGGUACAGAUGAAUGUGAAACCAACAGUGAAGAUGGCCUUCUUUCAGAACAACUUCUGGGGGGAGAAGAAUGCCGGCUUUGACGUGCUGUACCACAACAUGAAGCAUGGCCAGCUGGCAACCAAGGAGCUUGCAGAGUUUGUCCGUGAGAGGGUGGCCAUUGAGGAAACGUACUCCAAAUCAAUGAGCAAGUUGGCAAAGAUAGCCAGUAAUGGAAGUCCACAGGGGACAUUUGCUCCCAUGUGGGAUGUGUUCAGGGUAUCCUCGGACAAACUUGCCCUCUGCCACCUUGAGCUGAUGAGAAAGAUGAACGAUCUCAUUAGGGACAUCAACAAGUAUGGUGACGAGCAGGUCAAAAUUCACCGCAAGACAAAGGAGGAGAUGGUGGGGACAGUGGAGGCAGUGCAGGCUCUGCAGGUUCAGAGUGGUCACCUGCAGAAGUCCAAGGAGAGUUACCACGCAAAGUGUCUGGAGCUGGACCGACUCAGGAAGGACGGGGCUCCUCAGAAGGAGCUGGAGAAGGCGGAGCUGAAGUCUAAGAAAGCGGCCGAGUCAUUUGCGUUGUGCAUCGAGAAGUACAACCGUGUAGGAGGAGAGUUUGAGCAGAAGAUGAGCGAGUCUGCUCAGACAUUUCAGGACAUCGAGGAGUCUCACCUGAGACAGAUGAAACAGCUGAUCAAAGGCUACUCCCACCCCAUAGAAGACACUCAUGUCCAGGUCGGGCAGGUGCACGAGGAGUUCAAGCAGAAUGUGGAAAACAUUGGCAUCGAUAACCUCAUCCAGAAAUUUGCUGAGCAGAAGGGCACGGGAAAAGACAGACCAGCUCUGGCUGGGUUUGAGGAGUACAUGACAGCUCUGGCACCUGAAGGUGUGAAGAAGAGUCGGGCUAAAGCAUUCAGGCUCCCAGGGCUGGGCAGGAAGGACAAGGAGCCUGAUUUUACGGACUCAGCAGUGACUGAGGCUCUGAAUUCCCCUCUUGAAGUAGAUGAUGAAGGAUUUGUGGUCCGAGCCGACAGCACUCAAAACGGCUGCUCUGAUGAGAAGGAGAACAACUUCUACUCCAGUGAUUCCGAUUUUGACGACGAGGAGCCCAAAAAGUUCCACAUUCAGAUUCGACCAGUUGCCACUAGUAGCCGCAGCAACCUGGCCAACACUGACAAAGAGCUGAAAGCCACCGUCGGGGUGCUCAGCCUGCCUCCCAACAGAGGUGUACGACAGCAGGUGCCAGUCAAGAGACAUCUUUCCAGAAAUUCAAGUACUGCAGGAGGCCGACCAGAAGAGGGUGAUGUUACCUCCCACAGGGAUGGAGAGCAGGAAAGCCUGCGCCGCUCCACCUCCAGUCCUGAUCACAGCAGGUUGAGCUCCACUGUGUCGGGGUCAGACAGUCUCUUUGGACCUCCACUGGAGUCUGCCUUCAAGUCCAAGAGCUUCGAUGGUCGGGAGCAGCUCAGAGAUCACAGUUUUGCUGCCUCUGAAUAUGCUGCCUUCUCAUCUGACUCUUCCUCUCCUGAGAACAUCGAAGUGUUUCAAAACUGUCUCCAUGUUUCUCAGUCUCGGUCCCUGUGCUCCUCCCCUCUACCUGAGCCCUCGCCUUCCCUCACCUCCUCCUCCUCCUCCAGUCCUAGCGAGUGGGCACCUCAGGCUAGGGACAGUGACUGGGGGGGUCCAAACCGAGCUCCGAGUCCAGCCAGGAUGGGACAAACGUCACCUCUUCCCUACCAGCAGCAGGAGCUUCAACAGAGACCAUUGCACGUGUCCAGAGGGCCCAGUCCCAUUUCUCUGAGCACACAGGAGGCGUGGCCUGUGGCAGCAGCCAUAACCGAGUACGUCAACGCCUACUUCAAAGGUGGACAACACAACCGAUGUCUGGUGAAAAUCACGGGCGACCUGACCAUGUCCUUCCCAGCCGGCAUCACCAGGAUUUUCACAGCCAACCCCAACGUUCCUGUCCUCAGCUUCAGAUUGGUCAACAUCUCAAAGAUAGAUCACUUCCUGCCCAAUCCGUCGCUGCUCUUCAGUGAUCCAUCUCAGAGUGACCCCGACACCAGGGACUUCUGGUUCAACAUGCAGGCUCUACAGGUCUAUCUGCAGAGAGAAGCUGAGCUCAACCCUCAGGCCUCGUACUACAACAUUGGACUGAUUAAGUAUCAGGUUUCCUCUCAGGAUCCAGGCCGGGCUCCUCUCCUGCUGUCGGCCGAGUGCCAGCGCAGCGGCACGGUGACUCGAGUCUCCCUGGAUUAUCACUGCUGCCCCGCCACCGCUCCCUCCACCCAACUCACUGCAGUCCAGGUGCUGCUGCCGCUGGACCACACUGCCACUGACCUGCAGUGUCAGCCUCCAGCCACCUGGAACACUGAAGAACGGCGGCUGCUGUGGAAACUCUCCAACCUCUCACCGACCAACCACAGUAAAGGCUCAGGGACCCUGUGUGCCAGCUGGCAGUGCCUGGAGGUUCCCCGAGGCCCCCCACCCAGCCUGGCCGUCCAGUUCGUGGGCUCUGGGGCCUCGCUGUCGGGCAUGGAUGUGGAGCUGGUGGGCAGCCGGUAUCGUAUGUCUCUGGUCAAGAAGAGAUUUGCUACAGGGAAGUACAUGGCCGGCUGCUCCCUGUGAUGCAGCCUCAGUGACGCACUUUUCCAGAUCUGGGUCCAGGGUCGGACACUGAUCGCUCAUAACAGGAGAAAAAAA